GAUUGAUUCGGGUAAAUUCACCGGGUUAAUGGAUAUCUAGCAAAUCCAUUUGCAGAAGCGAAAAAAUCCCUAAUAAUUUCCCAAACCCUUGCUCAUCUCCCUCUCUUUCCAGAAUCCGCAAUGGGCGAGAAGCUCGCCAUUGCAGAGAAAAAGGUUCUGGUUGAACUCGUGAAGUUAGCCCAAAAGAGAGGACUUAAAGGUAACAAGGGAAGCUGGAAGGAGUUCUUGGACACUCACGACAGAAAGCUCGCGUAUAGCUUGAGUGACCCAUCAAAGAGAACCAUUCAAAUUUUGGUAUCUUUUCUCAGGACAUUUGAUUCAGAACAAUGGAUGAUUUUUGAUAGAUUCCUGCAAUCUCAAUCAAACCGCCAGCUUGUGGACCAGUUUAGAAAGGAAUCUCCAGAUAGUGAAUCCCCUGAGCAGAGGUUGGUACGCUUAACCGUGGAGCAUCCACUCUACCCUCUAGAUUAUACAUUCCCUUCACUCGAGGGGCUCCCUGAAAAGUCUGAGGUGUUGAGGUCAAAUGAAAUGCUUGCUGUUGAUUGUGAGAUGGUUCUUUGUGAAGAUGGCACUGAAGACAUACAGAAACACAUUAAGAAGCUAUUAUCCCAUGGAGCUAUUCUUGUGGGCCAUGGUUUGAACAAUGACCUUCAAGCAUUGAAGUUAGAGCAUGCUAGAGUAAUUGAUACCUCUUACAUCUUCAAAUUUCACAAUGCACCUCCUCAUAGAAGACCUUCCUUGAGUAAUUUGUCUAAGUCAGUACUUGGCUAUGAAGUCCGAGAGCAGGGUGCUGCACACGAUUGUCUAGAUGAUGCAUGUGCUGCAAUGAAACUUGUUCUUUCUCAGCUCAAGCAUGGAGAUGGUAUACUGUUGGUUCAUCAAGACGUGCCCAAAGCUGAAACGGCUAAGCUACUUCUUCACAGAAUACCAAUAAACAUUCCCAGUGAAGAAUUAUACAGAAUCAUUCCUCAGAAUGUUAAGAUUGAAGUAAAGGUGACUAUAUCUAAUUUAUACCUUGUUUUCCUUUUACAAUUCCCACUCCAUUGACUUUGUUAUGUUACAGUUGUUCAUAUGUUUCCUUGAGAAGGGUAAGACUCAUUAGGUAAUGGAUACAUUGAAGGCACACUUUCAUUAUUUAUUUAUUUUCAGAAAAGAGAGGGCGGCUUUAUUUAUCCACAUGUUCUCAAAUGCAAGGGAAAAUGUUAAUCAUUAAUAUCUCAGCAUAAAACAUAAAAGAAAAAGGAUCUCAACAUAAUGGGAGCUGGUUUAGGGUAGAACUGAUCUAUGCAACUUAUCUAAAUGCAUAUUAUGGUAAGAUUUAGGCAUCAACUAGCCUGUUGUGCCCAUCCAUUCCAAUUCACUAAUAUGCUGAAUAAUCUUUUGACAGCCAUCGAAAAAUCCUCAAGGAGGAAAGUAUUCUGCAUUUGCCAUCUUUAAGACUCCUCAAGAGGCAUUCCAAGUGUUUGAAGAUCUGGAAGGAAGUGAAGAAAAGGAUAUAUCCGGACUACCGCAAAAACUCGUCAAAUUUCAAUCCAGCAGAGGAGUAAGCGCUAGCAUAUACAUUCGUAAAAUGGCGAAUGCUGAUCCUUGUAGCUAUAUUUUGGCAAAGAAGAGAGAAUUCCAUGCCGAGGAGAAGUCUAAUGAAUCCAAGAAGCUCAAGGCAGAACAGAACCAUAGUUGAUUCAAGGACAAACUACAGGAUGAGCUAAAGUUUGUUGAUUCCAUGGAUAAAAGGGCAGAACUGAAAACAGUGGAGGAGCCGAGAUUAUCAAAUCAGUGUAAAGAUCUCUAAAAAGAAAUUGAGAGAUUGAAGCAAGAACUGAAGAAGGAUCUUCAAGUCAUUAUGCAGGAUCCCAAUUUUCAUGGUUUAUCCUUG